AUGCUCGUGUCGGCUUCCAUGGCGUAUGCCACGGCGCAAGUCCAGGCGGAUAUCCUGGCGGGAAUCCCGGGGAAACGGGAACGGAGGAUCGACGGGGAAUUCGUAACCCGAGAGCGCGAGGAACUCGGAUUCGCCGCAUACUCCCCCGCUUCGAGCCUCUCCUCGUCUGCGCGGCCAUCGCCGUUUCCGCGCAACGCCAUUCCAUCUCUUGACCUCGGCCCGCUGCCGUCUAAGGCGGAUGCGCGCAAUCCGCCGCCCAAGGACGUGCGCGGCAGAGCGGGAGCCUCCGCGGAGGAGCCGAAGCUGACUGGACGGGCAGGCGUGGGGAAAGGAACUUUGGGGGAAGCGGCGGCUGGGGCAGCUGUGAAAUCGACAGAAAUUCGGAAAGAGAAAUUUCUCGGGGAAGGCGAAUCUUUCCCGAAAACACUUCGUACAGGUAGCUACUUCGAUUGCGAAGAUGAAGUUGUUAUGCUUCAACACAAGAUAACACCAUCUAUGGUAGAGGAGAGCAACGGUAAAGCGGUUCAGCGUAAGGAGAUAGAGGAUCAAAGGCUUAGACUGGUUUUGGCGGACGAAGAGGAGUCGGACGCGGAAGGGCCGGUGAGCGGGCGGAAGGAGGGGGAGCUGACGGCAGAGGACGUGGCGGAAGACACGGCGGAGGUAACGAUUUCAGAACGAGACGCGGAGACUGACACGGAGACGAAGGAGACGCGGCUCCGUCGAUUCCUCGAUGACUCUGUUGACUGUGUUGACUGUACCGAACCUGCUGAUUGUGCUGAUGGCUCUCGAAUGGGAGACUCGAGCGCGCCGGGAACCGUUUCUGCUGCGGUCGCUGCUGAUGCUCCGACCAAGCCGCGCACGCGGAAGAAUGCGCGGAAAGCUCGGGUGAAGAAGGCUGGUAAGAAGUCCGCGGGGAAGAAACAGCGCAACAGCGUUGCGGAAAUCGAACGGCGAGCGCAGCAUGCCGACGAGGCGGCAGCCGAGGCGCAUGCUGACGUGGCAUCCGAACCCACCGCGACGAGGGGACUCAGCGGCUUGCUGGCGUCCCCGCUGGUGUCAGCUGCGGAGUCCGCACCGGCGGAACGAAUUUGCGCGGAUGCGGAAAGCAGCGCGGAACAGGACCACGAGCAAGGAUUUGCGAUUGGAAAAGAAACGGGCGGGCACGACGCGGAGCGGGUUGCGGCGCGAUCGGGAGUUGCGGAAGGCAGCGCGAUGGCGGAAAACAGCGCAGUGACGGAAAGCAGCGCAGGGGCAGGAAACGAGGCGCAACGCCUGAACGGGCAAGGCGCGGGUACGGCGGACAACGCGGAAACGAAAGCGGGAACAACACACGAACGUUCUCGCCUUAUCGAGGAGGCUGAUAGUGAAUCAUGCGGUGAUGACGUGGAGGAGGAGCUGCGUGCGUGUCUGGCGGGAAUGGCGGCGGAGGAGGAGGCGGAUAUUCGGCGGGAGCUGGAAGAUGCGCUGAUGCUUGGCUCGAGCGAUGGGGAAGCGGGCGAGGCGGAAGUCGAGGAGAACUGCGGAGGAGAAGGAAGAGGAGAGGACGGAAUGAGGGAAGGAGAACGAGAAGGUGAAAUUGAGCCUCUGGAGCGGGGUUCGACUCUGGACGUUGGUGGAGAAACCGAAGGUGAGGGUAGCGAGUGUGACGAUAAGGAGGGGUUUCUGGAGCUGGAAAUUGAUUUGAUUGCGCUGCAAGAAGAGGAGGAAAAGGAGGAAGAGGCGGAAGAGGCGGAAGUGGCGGAGGAGGCGGAAGAGGCGGAAGGUGAGGAAAAGGGAGAUGAAGAGGAGGACGAUGAGGACGACGAAGAGGAGGACGGGACGGCGGGAAUUGUGGAGGAUGAGGCGGAGGAGGGGAAGGUUAAACAAGGGGAGGAUACGGUGCUGAUCGUUGGAGCGGAAAUGGAAGCGGAAGGGGGAGCGGAGGCGGAAGCCUCGGGGAACGCAGCAGAAGCAGAGGCGCCGCCGCCGCAGCAGGAGCAGCAGGAGCAGCAGCAGGAGCAGCAGAAGAAGCAGGAGGAGCAGCAGAGAUCGUACGCGCUGUGCGUCGCGGAGAGUUUCGAGGUUGAUGCCAUUUUGGGGAAUAAGAAAGCGGGGAACGCGGAGACUAAGGAAGAGGAAGCGGGGAAUGAGAAGCAAGAUGGCGCAAGUCAUUCUCCUAGAUACAAGGGUGCGGAUUGUGCCGUUGAUGCGCCUCUGGCGGAAGGGGGAAGCGGGGCUCAUCUUGCGGAGGAGGAGGACGCGGAGUGGAUUGCGCUGCUCGAGGAGAGCCUGGCGGAAUGCGCGCGGGAACGGCAGCGGGAGGCGGCGGAACGGGAGCUGGCGGAACUAGAGGCGGCGGAACGAGAAGCCGCGGAGGUUGCGGGUGGCGGCGGUGUGAAUCCCUUUGGGAUAGCGACGGGGGAGUGCGAGGUGGAGGGGGAGGCGGAGGGGGAGGCGGAGGGGAAGGCGGAGAGUGAGGCGGAAGAAAUCGAGAUGAUCAGCCCGAGAGGAAGCCCGCCGAGCGGCGGAAUUGCGCUCGCUGCUCCGCCGUGUGAGGGGGUGACGGUUGGUGAAGAGGAGAGUGUGGACGGAAGUGACGUGGAGGAGGAUGAGAGUGACGUGGAGGAGGACGAGAGUGACAUAGAGGAGGACGAGAGUGACGUGGAGGAGAGCGACGCAGAGGAGGAUGAGAGUGAGGUGGAGAGGCAGAGUGACGUGGAGCAGAGUGACGUGGAGGAGAUUGAGAUGAUCAGCAACCCGCGGAGUGUGGGGGGAAGCGAGAGGCGGAGUGAGAAGGCGAGAGGAGAGUUGGCCGAUGAAACCAAUGGAGGCGAUGGGGUUGAUGAGACUGAUGAGGUUGAUGAGGUGGAGAUGAAGGGGCGGGGAGAGGAGCAAGAGGAGGACGAGGAGGAAGAGGAACGGGAGGGAGAAGGUGGGGAGAAAGAAUUGGAGGAGGAGGGAGGGGGGAAAGCAGUUGUGCCUUCGCCCUUCAGUUCGCCCCUCCCUUCGCCACACCACUCCGACGCCUCGUGUCAGUCAAGUGGGCCAAAGCACUCGGUCAAGUCAAUCCAGUCAACGGGGUCAAGGCGAUCAGCAAACUCUCGGACCUCACGUGCGUCUCAAGAAUCCAGCAAGUCAACGGGGUCAAACAAAUAUGAAAUAUCUCAAAAGUCAAUUCUGUCAACGGACUCCAAGACGUCAAACCGAGCAGCUGCCGCCCAGCCUUCCACCACAUCUGCCGCCCAGCUUGAGCCUACCUCCACCACAGCUGCCGCCCAGCCAUUCCUUCUCUUCACCACGAUGACGUCACCCGCGGCUGCAACUGCUGAUCGUAAUACCUUCUCGCUGCCGGCCGCUGCUGACGUGGCAGUGUUUCGGUUCGGUAAGGCCGGAAACCAGGGGCGUGAGAGAAGCGAGGGAAGGGAGAGAAGGAGAGUUGGAGGACGGAUGGUUGCAGCUAGAGUAGUGGGAAGAAGGGAUAUUGGUGAAGGAGCAGCAGGAGUGGGAGGACAGAAGACGUUGAAGAGUAGUAAUGGGAAAGGAGGGGGCGGAGAGAAGAGGAGAGUGAGGAAGAGGCAGCGCGUGAGAGGGGAGGAUUCGGAUGGGAGUGAGAGCGAGGGGAGUGAGUGCGGGAGGGUGCAGAGCGGUGGUGUUGCUUCAACCGCUACUCCUGCUACCACCGCUGCUGCAGUUUCUGCAACAUCCGCUGCUACAACCGCCUCUAUCCCGCCUUCCCUCUCCCGCGCCAUCACCACCCACAGCGCCCUCUCCGCCCACUCCGCCCUCCCCCCGCCCAGCCCCUCCACGUCCUUCCCUUCCCCCGCCCUCAGCGCGCACCACCUGCUCUCCGCCUUCCCCCCGCCCUCCCCUGACGCUGCCCUUCGCUUCCUCUGCUCCCCCUCCUUCCCCCCGCCCUCCCCUGGAUGGCCCCUGCGGAAAAUCCGCGUGGUGGGGAGGAACCGGCGCCCUGUCUACUCCCCCGUGCAUAGGCUCAGUAGGGGGGGCGCGGGAGGAGCAAGGGGAGGGGGGGAGGCGGGCGGGAAUAGACCUCUGGGGAGGCUGGAGGAGGGAGAGGGGAAUGAAGGAGAGGAGGGUGGGAAGAGAGGAGGGAGGGGACAGGUGGGGGAAGGGGGCAGAAAGAGGAGUGUGAAGGCGAGAUGGAGUAGGGUGGUGUCGGUGCCUGCUUCAAUGUUCACUCGAAACGAGUUUGACAUGAGGAGGACUCGUUCGGACAGGCCGGGGGCAACAACAACAGGAAGGCCACUUACAGCAGCAGCAACGACAAUCAGCCAGCAGGAGGAGCGAGCGGACGAGGCAGGCGAGAAUGGAAGCAGCAAGAGGAAACCGCAGAGCCUUCUGAAGAGCAUUCGAAAGAUUCGACGUGAGUCAACCCCCCGCCCCGAACCUCCUGUCGACGUGGUGUUGCCACACCCACCAAUGCUGCAUACCAGGUCAUUCAAGCACCAGGCGCCUGACAACUUGCUGGGCCUCUUGUCCCUUCCUAACCUUGUCCCUUCCUAA